UUCAUAUGGAGAACAGGGAAAACAAGGAAGGGUCUAAGUAGCCUGGAUGACCCAUGACAACGUUUUAAUUGUUCCCAAAACUUGUUGGCUACUUGGAUUUUACGGGCACAAAGAAGCUGUUUUUUUGGGGGGGAGGGGAGUUUGUAAAAAGACAUGAACAUUUGAUGUAGACUUGCAGAAAAAUUUCCCAAGCAACCACCUCUUUUGAAAAACAGAAAAAGGAGAAUUGAUUAACAUUUUUUUAUGGAAAAUCAAGCAAUUGUUUCUCUUGUAUCUGUUUUUACUUCCAAAAAUCACCACCUGAGGACAUUGUGGACUUUGUUGACGGCAAGCAAAUCUUAAAUAAAGGAUAUGAGUACCCAGGUGAAGCAGAAUUCCACUUUGGUCCACUCAAUGGCAAAGGCCUAUGACCCAAAAGCCAUGAAGAACCAAGGGCCUAACACCACCACUGGCACUGCACACAGGCUGCCUGUGGUGUCAAGCAAAAACUCUGUGGACAGCUUUAACCUAAUGGAUAUCAAGAUCGACUCUUUGAGCCGCAAAGUGGACAAACUCAUCACCAUUCAAGAAAAUGUUCUCCAUAAGCUGGACAGCAUGUCGGAGGAUAUUGUCAAAAUCGAAAAUGAUGUUGAGAUAUUGAAGGUGGACAAAGAUGAAAACAUCCAAGCUAGUAGCAAGCCCCAUGAGGUGGAAACUUCCAAGGGGAUUAAAGAAAUAUGUGUAGAAAUGAUGAAUAUGCUGUCCACUGUGAACCACAGAACACAGCAAGAGGCAACAAGGUUGGACGGGAUGGAGAAAAUAGUUCUUGGCAUCCAGCAGGUCAUAAGCUUCAUCGGAGAAACUGUUAAGAAUUCCAGAAUUCUCAAGCUUAUUCUUAAAGGCCAGGUUUUUCCGAAUGCUGCCAAUGAGGAGAGAGCGAAAAACGAAAAGCAUGAACAAAUAAGUGCCAAAAAGAAUGCGUCCUCUGACAAAAGUGCGGGCGUGAAUAAGAAAACUGAAAAGUCAAGGGAUCACAAAGCAAAAGAUGUAAAGGAAAAGUCAUACUCGAGUCUUAAGAGACUGAAAUCCCACAAAAAGAAGAAACCUCCAGAUGCUACAGGGGUUGCUCAGAAAAACGAUUGGGUAUUGGAUGAAAAAGUUCAAAAGCUAAACAAACAAAAUGUUGAAAAAUCAGAGAAGAUCCCUUUACCACAAGAAAAAACUCAAGUGGUAGAUGAGGAGGACCAGUCUACUGCUGUCCAUACACAGACACAAGAGUUACUUGUUCCAGUCACUUCCAAUGAUUUAGCCAAUACCAUUGUGAGUGCCUGUCCUGCUGAAGACAGAAAGCAGGAGAUGGUCACCACUGAGGUGGACAGCCAAAAGAAACAUGAAGAAAGUCUUACAUCACCGGUGUCAGAUGGUGCAGGACUUGAAGAUGAGGUGAAGGAGGGACGAGGUCACCUCAAGGAAUCAUCCAAAACCAAGGAUCAGGAGGAAGAUGGAGCAGAAAAAGAUGCACAAUCCUGGUCAGAAUUUGAAGAUGAAGAUGGGGAUCACGAAGAAGGAGAUGAUGAACAAGAAGAAGCUGAGGCAGAAGAAACAACUGAAGCAGAUGAAGUUUCCCCAACAGAAGAAUCAGCUCCAGAGACUUGCCUUUUGGAAGGCGCAGAUGAAACAGAGAAUGGGCUCCUUGCAGAAACACAGCUCUAUGAAAUCCUUGGUGGGAUAAACAAAAAUUGCACAGUGAUGCUUCAGAGGUAUGAGGACGGUGAAAAGGAAGUACUGUUAUCAGAAGAAAUGGGAGGAGAGCAGGCCAGUGAAAGUGAACACUUGGGGGACAGCACCGGCAGCAAGCGCAGAGUGUCCAAGGAGGAUCUGGUGAAGGAUGACAACAAAAAGAGCCGAGUGGAGUCUGAGAGUGAAGAACCUCACGUAGAGGAGAUUCUAGAGCCAGCCCAGUCCGAAUGUGUUGUUGAGGAGACCAAUGAAACUUGCAGUUCCUUAGAGGAGGACAACAAUAACCAGAAGCUGCCAUUACCAGAAGACCAGAAUUUAAAGUUUAUUAUUGAUAUCAGCCCUUCACCUCCAGCUCCCUUUGACCACCGGGUUGUCUCUGCUAAACCAGCUGAGAUAACCCAAUUCUACACCCUCAACAAGAAGGAGAUUCUCGGAGGAGGGCGCUUCGGUCAAGUUCACAAGUGUGUUGAAAAUUCAUCAGGUCUCACCUUAGCUGCAAAAAUCAUAAAAGCCAAAGGUUCAAAAGAAAGGGAGGAAGUAAAGAAUGAAAUACAAGUAAUGAAUCAGCUGAACCAUGCCAACCUUAUCCAGCUGUAUGCAGCAUUUGAAUCCAAAAAUGAUGUGAUACUGGUCAUGGAAUAUGUGGAUGGAGGAGAACUUUUUGACAGAAUCAUUGAUGAAAACUAUUAUCUAACAGAGCUGGACACAGUCUUAUUUAUCAAACAGAUCUGUGAUGGAGUCCAAUAUAUGCACCAGAUGUACAUUCUGCACUUAGACUUGAAGCCUGAAAAUAUCCUAUGUGUGAACCGAGCUACCAAUAAGAUAAAGAUUAUUGACUUUGGUUUAGCAAGAAGAUACAAACCAAGAGAAAAGCUAAAAGUGAAUUUCGGAACAGCAGAAUUCCUUGCUCCUGAGGUUGUGAAUUAUGACUUUGUCUCGUUUCCUACAGACAUGUGGAGUUUAGGGGUGAUUACAUACAUGCUACUCAGUGGCCUAUCUCCUUUUCUUGGAGAGGAUGACAACGAGACACUAAAUAACAUCCUGGUUUGUCAGUGGAACUUUGAAGAAGAAGAAUUUGGAAACAUCUCAGAGGAAGCCAAGGACUUUAUUUCAAAGCUCCUUAUCAAAAACAAGUGUUGGAGGAUAAGUGCAACAGAGGCUCUCAAACAUCCCUGGUUAUCAGACCCCUGUCUUCACUUCCGACUUCAGCAGCAAAAUAACAAGUGCCACUCAUCACACGCACCACCUUCAGAGGAGUAGCAUUUCAGAAAACUGAAAUGUUUAAGAAUAGACACAAGCUGGUUGCUGUUGUCAUCAGAUAUCAAAACACUGAUGACUUGUGAUGACAUGAGCCUCAGUCAACUGGACCAACACCACUGUGCCUGUAUGAUACUGGACAAGAAAAAAACAGCUACAUCUGUAUAUUAAGAACUUCAAAAUAUAUUGAUUGAAAGAAAAUGCAUUUCAAAUAUAUUGUUGGUUAAAUGUAUUAUAAUAUUUAAUUUGGUAAAACUUUAAGCCUACAAAAUGUGUGUUUAAGUUGCAGUCAGAAUUCAUAUUUUGGACAUCAAAGAGGCACAGACACAAAGCAUUGACCAUACAGUCACAAUAUGAAUACAAGCAUUAAUGACAUUUUCAAUUGAAUUCAAUACAAAUACAUUAAAAAGAAGGGAUGCAUAAUGUCAAUGGAAGAAGUGGAGAAGAAAGCAGCUUUGGCUCUUUCCUCAGAGACAGUCUAAGGUGCCGGACAAAGUACAGCUUAUCCAACUAGAGGAUGGGAUAGUGGAACCGACGUUACAUCCUGAAGAAUUAAAACCACUUUUGAUGUGAAUACACAUUACACUGCACAUUCUCUACACCAGAACUUCAUUUGAUUUAAAGUUUCAGAAAAAUAAUGCAUGGUUGAAGAUACAGUAAGUACUAUAGCAUGCUUGUUUAUCAUACAGACAACAUUGGUCUCAUAAGUGAAAAGUUAUAUAAGUACUGUCAAAAAAGUUAACUUUUAUUCGGCACUGUAUAGCCAGUAUUGUUGCACUGCAAUGUGGUGCACAACCUAACCCUUGAAUUUGGAAUGUGUGUUUGCCACUGGAAUUGCUCAUAUGUCAGCUUUCCUAAAACAAUUGCUAAAAUUAAAAUAUUUAUUCUAAACAGUGGGCAAUAUGUAAUAACUGCCUCUUUUAAGGUAUGCUAAAUAAUAUCAUAAGCAUGUCAUUUAUUUGUGU